AUGUUGCAAAUUGAAUAAGCACUUGAAAAAUGUGGAAAUAAUGGUUGGUAUUAAAUACGAUUAUUCUUAAUUUCAUCACUUCUAACUUUUAUCUUAUCUGCUUCAAUUAUGAGUACAACUUAUAACUAUAUUGUUCCAUAAUUAUAUUGUGAUGGUUAAGUAAAUUUUAUCCAAAUAAUAAGGUUUGUAAUGAGAAUCUAAAAACCUGUUCUGAUAACAAUUACUCAAUUGAUCCUAAUUUUAAAUACAAGAAUAUUGUAACAGAGUUCAAUUUAUUUUGUGAAAAUAGAAAAUACAUUAUGAUUGCAAGUACAAUCAAUUUUCUAGGCUCAGUGAUCGGUGGCUCAGUACUUAGCUAAAUAUCAGUAUUUUAAUUAUAUUAAUAAUUAGGAUUAAUGGGGAAGAUAUAAAACUCUGUUAUUAUCUUUAGUAUUUACAAAUUUUGGAUUUAUAGGAGCCUAUUUAAGUACAACUAUAAUAGAACUUAUUAUAUUUACUUUUAUAUUUGGUUUCUUUUAGAUUGGUGUCUAUAUAAUGAUACCAGUGUUAAUUAAUGAAAUCAGUGGAUAUGAGAUCAAAUAAAAAUAUUCGACUGGAACCUUAAUUUUUUGGUGUUUAGGAGAGAUUCUAAUGGCUAUUUUAUUUUAUUUUAUUGAAAAUUGGAGAACCAUUUAAUUAUUUAUAAUUGUAAUCCCAGGCAUCAUUUCUCUAAUAUUAACAUAUGUUUUAGUUUAAGAAAGUCCAAGAUUUUUGUAUUAGAAAAAAGAUUAUGAAUAAGUAAAAAUAAAACUAAAAUAUUAAUAGGUUCUUAAGAUAUUUCAUUAUAUAGCAAAAGUAAAUGGAAAUUAAUUUGAUGAUCAAACAUUAGAACAUUCUUAAAUUAGUAGUGUUAGAAACAAUUAUUCAGUUUUCGAUUUGUUUACUUUAAGACAAUUUGCAUCUUCUUCAUUUGGAUUUAUAUUAAUUUCAUAUGCUUUACAUUUAAUAUAUUAUGGGGGAUAGUUUGUGUUAUAAGAAAUUUCAAUUGGAAAUAUGAUUUACAAAUUAGGUAUAUUUUUAGGAAUUAGUGAAUUAAUUGGUUAUUCUUCAAUCACUUAUUUAAUUCCUAAAUUAUAAAGAACAUAUUAUUAAAAACUUUUCUUUUGUAUUUAAAUUUUAGGAUGUCUAUCAUUUUUAUAUUAUGGAAUUACUUCAUACUAACUUCAAUGUCAGAGAUGUGUUGAAGAAAUAAUAGUAAUAUCACUUGUAAAUAAAUAUAUUAUUUAGUGUUGUUUGAUAAGAUUCUUUAAUGCUUUUGGAUUUGGGCUAUUAAGAUAACACAGUCUUGAAAUUUAUCCGACUUAAAUAAGAGGGACAGGUUCUGGAUUUCUAUUCACAAUAGGAAUUUUAGGAUCAUUUUCAUCAUCCUAUAUAAUUGCAUUAGCUAACUAUCUCUAAUUUAAUUAAGUAGCUUUUUUGGGAAUAUGUUCAUUUUGUGGAAUAAUUGGAGCUUUUUUAACUUAAGAGACAUUUAAAAAAGGAAUGAUUGAAGAAAUAGAUGAGUCUAAUAAGAUAUAAAAUUAAUAUGAUGAAAUAUUCAAAGCUAAAUGA